AUGCCGGACGACCCGUCCGCUGCUAACUUCCCUGGUCCGCUGCAAGUGUCCGCGAACGCGUGCGGGCGGCCGUGCAAGGUGCCAAACCCGCCGAUCGUCAUCAACGUGGGGUUUGAGCGCGACAUUCUGCGCCGCGCCACGCUCCCAAACGACACGCUCGUCACCAUGCUGCUGUGGAGCAACAUACGCCUGACACGUGGACUCGUGUUCGGAGCCAACUUCUCCUGCACCAUCUUCAAUGCCACGCGUCCCGGCCAGCUCACCAUCUCCCUGCGUAACACCGCCACGCCAGUGUUGGAGCUGUUCAACACGCACAACAUACUCGUGAACGGCAUCAACUUCAACAUCCCCAUCACCGAUGCCGACCCCACCAUCUGCUCCUUCCCCAACAUCGACCAGGUGCGAGAUGUCUACAUCAGGCGCUACUCCUGCCCCGCCAUCUUCCUCUUCCGCGUCUUCGCUGUGCAAGUCACACAGGGCACCGUGUUCGGACGCAUUGACAUCAUGCGUGCGGCUUAUUCCCGAAUCGACAACAUGCGGGUCACCGUGAAUCCUGCCAACUGGCCGGCAGCCAUCCGUGUGUCGUACUCUGGGCAUGGCCCCACGCUGCAGCGGUCCAACGUGUGGAUCACAAACAACGAGCUGUUUUCCGGAGGCCAGGGGCGGCAGCAGGCGCAGCGGGCGCGCGUGGGAAUCAUGAUUCUGUGGGGCGGCGUGGGGGUGAACGUGAUGAAUAACCGCCUGCACGACUUCACCCUCGCCGGGAUCCAGAUGGGCCACGGCAUGAACAACGUGGGAGAUGCCAUGCUCACGAAAGUGGCUUACAAUGAGAUUCGGCAUGACUUUGGCGAGACGGGGGCAAACACGCGGCUGGACAACAGCGGGAUUUACUUUGACACGCACUGGGUGAACCCCGGGAACUACCUGCGGUGCAACUAUGUGUACCGCGGCGGGCACUGUCUGUACAUCGACUGGGUGUCCAGUGGAGUCAUUGCGGACGGGCUUGUGUGCGACCAGACGGCCGAUGGGCUCAAGCUAAACUCUGGGAAGAACAACAUGAUACUGGGCAUGGUGAUGAUCAACACGACGCAGUUCUCAGUGGGGUACAUCUCGUGCCAGAACAACCACCUCAACAACUGCGACAACUACGCCGGCCCCAACUGGAACCGCCUCCUCAAAACCUACUUCCAAACGCCUGAGAUCCGAUGGAAUUAUCCGUAUCUGACCAGCUUCUGUGGGAAGAACCGCAUCAAUGGCAUUGACUGCAACAAUGGCACAGAUGCUGCUCACAACCGUGCAGUCACCUCAGGCUGCAGCGGUCUGCCCACUGAAAACUACGCAGAGCUCGUCUCUGCUACCCCAUCAGGCGCUCCAAAAUACGUCAUUUACAUGCCCAACUGCACGCCAUUCCCCUCAGUGCCUGCUCUCAACCGCAUGAGUAACAAUUUCUUCUGCUGGGGUCGCUGCAUAUUCGGUCCGGACGUGCGGUCGCUCUUCAUAUCCAUCGCCCUUAUAUCCAUACCGGGGACGCUAUUCUGCAUAUUCGUUGGCGCUCAGUUCAUCAAUAAAGUCCCGGGUGGCAUCGCGAUACUAAUAGUCGGAAUAUGCCUCGUAGUGUGGGAUCUAUGCGUGCUCUUAUUCACCUCCAGCCGCGACCCGGGGAUAGUCCCGCGCAACACGCAGCCGCCCGAGCCCGACGGUGACGUGGAGGCGCCGCGGCCGUCAGGGGGCCGGCGGCUUCCGCGGACGAAGGACGUGGUGAUCAAGGGCAAGACGGUGAAGGUCAAAUACUGCGACACCUGCAUGUUGUACCGCCCGCCGCGGUGUUCGCACUGCAGCAUCUGCAACAACUGCGUGGAGAGAUUCGACCACCACUGCCCGUGGGUGGGCCAGUGCAUUGGCAAGCGCAACUACCGUUUCUUCUUCCUCUUUGUGUGCUCCACCACGGCGCUCUGCAUCUACGUCUUCUCACUCUCCGCCUACCUCAUCAAGGUGUUGAUGGACAAUGCAUACGAGCCGGGAGGUGAGACACGCACGGUGUGGCAGGCGCUGGGGCAGGCGCCCAUGGCAGCCGUGCUCAUGGCCUACACCUUCCUCGCCGUCUGGUUCGUGGGGGGACUGUCCGCCUUCCACCUCUACCUCAUGAGCACCAACCAGACGACAUAUGAGAACUUCCGGUACCGGUACGACAAGAAGGCGAACCCCAACAACCGCGGCAUCGUGCGCAACGUGUACGAGGCGCUGUGCUCGCCCAUCCCGCCCUCCCGCAACCACUUCCGCGCCGAAAUCCCCGACCCCGCCGCCCCCCAGCCCCCCGCCGCCCCCCUCGAUCCCCAACAGCCCGAGCUCUCCGCUGCCAUCCCCCCUGCGCGGCGCCACAGUAAAGGGUCUAGGCCUGGGUCUAGAGGGUCUUCUGGGGGUAGGUCUCCUGCGCAGCGUGGGGGGAAGUCGCCUGCGCAGAGGGAGUAUGAUUUAGUGGAGGUGACUAAAUUGAGGGAAGAUGAGGGCGGGCACAUGGCAGAUCAAAUCGUGGAGGCGGGUGGCGUGAUGCCGUCUGGUGCGGGUGUUGCUCGGUCCGGGUCGAGAGAUGGGUCAGGGCGGGAGGGUGGGGGGAGUGGGCGGAAAGGGAGGAAGAAGAAGUCGCAUAGUGGGAAGCUGAGGGAGAAAGGGGAGGGGCGGAAGGGGAAGCAUAGAGUUACAGGAGAGGGGGACGGGGUGGGGGAGGGAGUGGAGGGAAUGGUGGAAGCAGGGGAUGUCGUGGGAGGAGGAGUGGGCAUGGGGCAGGUGGCAGUGGAGAUGCAAGGGCAGGAGUACGUGCAGAGGAGAUACAGCCCCGUGCCUGACGUUCCUAGAGACGGGCUCUAG